UGACCUGCUGGAGGCGCCUGGCUGUGAUGUAAAGACAAUAUUAAAUCCGUGGCUUCCACAGAAGACAGCUGUUGUUUCCAGUGCGGAGUAAGCCGUUUACAUUGGUGAGCGGAAAUAAAUCCAGCCGAUUUUGACCAAGUAACCAUCAGUGGUGUUGAUUGGACUACACGGUUGUGAUCUUACAUGUCCUGAACAGAUACUUUUUGUGCUUUGAAGAGGGACAAGAUAAAAACAACAGACAUGGAUGUGUACGACCCCCAAACCCUUGGAUUCAUGGUCUUUGGUGGAUUCAUGGUGGUCUCUGCAAUCAGCAUCGCUCUGGUGUCUACACUGUCUAUGAAGGAGACAUCAUAUGAGGAGGCGCUGGCUAAGCAGCGUCGCAAUCUGGGCAAGUCCACCCAGCCCCAGCUCUUUGGGAAGAUUAAGAAGAAGCUGAAGUCAUUGGAUACCAAGAGCAAAGGCAAAAAAAAGGAAGAGCAACCCAAUGGAAAACUCCCUGACCUGGAACUCCUUGAAGAGCACACUGAGUUUGCCAGCAUGCCCGAACCUGUGCCUUUCACCAUCCAAGAGCCAAUCGUCGCUGUCCCAGAGUCUGCUGUUGUUUCCUGUGCUGCCCCUUCCCCAGUAGCUGUGGAAGCCCCUGCCACCACCCCCUCUCCAAAGCAGAAGAAGAAAAAGGUGGCCAAGGUGGCGCUGCCUACCGCUGUACCUGCCGCCAUGUCAGAGAAUGCAGUCAAUGAAUUGCCCAUCAUUGUGGUGCCACCUGUUGCCCCAGUGACUGCUGCCCUCCCUCCGGUGUCCAAGGACACUGCCGCCGUGACCCUUACCAAGGCAGAGGAGCCCAAGACUGAGGCCCCUACAAAGAAGAAGAAGGCUAAGGUUGAACUAGUGGUGGCUGCUGUCGAUUCUGCUGAUGCUCCCCUCCUCCUGCCAUACAAGACACUCUUGUCCACCGUGAGCAGCAUGACAUUUAGCAAACGAGAGACCCAGAAGCUCAUUGAGGUACUCAGUGAUAAGGCUGGCCUUGACUCCUGGCAACUGGCUUCUCAGAAGGGGGAUCCCAUGGCUGCCCUCCGGAAACAGCUGGAGGCGAAGGAGAAACAGCUGUCUACUGAGCAGGAAGGUGCCAUCGCCGCCAAGAACCGUUUGAGAGAGCUCAGCAAGGAGUUGAACACAGAGAAAUCCAAGAUGGCAUCAGUGGAGACCCGUCUGAGCUCAGAGCUAAGUGCUCGCGCUCAGGAGAUCACUGCCUUACAGGCUCGCAUGCAGGUCUCCUACCAGGACCACGUGGCUGAGACCCAGCAACUCAACCUCAAGAUAGCAAGCCUGCAAGAGCAGCUGGACAAUGGCCCUGUUGCUCAGCUAGCCCGUCUGCAGCAGGAGAACUCCAUCCUGAGAGAUGCCCUCAACCAGGCCACGAGCCAGGCGGAGAGCAGGCAGAAUGCGGAACUAGCAAAGCUGAGGCAAGAAUGUGUUCGUCUAAACCGGGACCUGGGUGAGAGGACCGAAGCCCUGCAGGCUGACGAGGAGCACAGGAAGGCCCUGGAGGCCAAGGUGGCAGCUGCAGAGGAGAAACUCGCCCAGUCCAAGGUGUCCCAGGCAGAGAGUGAGCGGGCCAUGCAGAAGAGACUGGAGGAGGUGAGUCAGAAGCUCCAGAAGUCCCAGGAAACCAGCAAACUCAUUCAGGCUCAACUGGCUAAAGCUCAGCAGAAGGCGGCCACAUUCUCAGAGGUCCAAGAGCGCAUGGACGCAAUGGAGGUCCAGCUGAAGGACCGCUGUGCUGAGCUGGAGGCCCUGAAGGCCCAACAGGUCGUUAUGUCAGCAGCCAAGGAGGAGGCUGUCCUACAGGCGACUGGUUCGAAAACCACUGUAGAAGAGCAGAAGACAAAAAUCCAAGCUGACAACUCCUCUGAGAUGGAAGAGCUAAAGAACCGUCUGAUCACUAAAGAAUGUCAUGUGGCUAAUCUUGAAGAAAAGCUCCUACAGCUGAAGGUUGAACUGGAGCUGGUGAAAUCUGCCCAGGCCUUUGAGGAGCCGAGGCUCAAUGGUGUGAAGGAAGAAGAGGAGCAGUCACCUGUUAAAGAGCAGCUGGUGCAGAAAGACAACCCAGCAGAGAUCAAACUCCUACAGGACAGCCUUAAGGAAAAAGAGGACAUUGUGAAGUCUCUCGAGGAUCAACUUCAGGCUUUGACAGCUGAGAUGGCGUUGAAGAGAACUGAUGCAGCAGGGAGCCUAGCAGAUGUGGAGCAGCUUCAGAUCAGGCUGAAGGACAGAGAGAGCCAGGUGGCUUCAUUAGAGGAACAGCUCAAACAGCUGAGCAUUGAGAUGGAGCAAAGGAGGAACACAAACACUGAGUCAGGAACCGCUGGACAGCAAUUUGAAAGCCUUGAGAAAGAUUUGCAGAUGCUGUCUUUGGAAGAAGAGCUACAACAGUUGAAGGAGGAAAUGGAACAAGUUAAAAACAAGAGCAAUAAUAUACGUGAAAAGAACUGGGCAGCAAUGGAAGCCUUGACUGCUGCUGAAAAGCUGAAUGAAGAGAGACUGGCUGAAGCGAAGGGUGCACAGAGGAUAGCUGAAGAAGCACUGAUGUCUUUUCAGACAGAAGCUCAAAAGGCUCUUCAGAUUUACUUCCCUGACAUUUCUUUAGAGCAGAAUAACUGGUUGGAGCAACUCAUCCAGAAAGCAAAGGAAUUUGAAAUUUCACAGAGCAAAGAAGACCAGCCAGCCACAGACUCUGAGGUGCUUUUAUCAAAACUCAGAGAAGCGGAGGAGUCCCAGAAAACACUACAGGCAGAGUGUGAGCAGUACAGAACAGUCCUGGCUGACACUGAGGGCAUGCUGAAAGAUCUUCAGAAAAGUGUGGAGGAAGAGGAGCAUGUGUGGAAAGCCAAAAUCACAGAGGCAGAGGAGCAACGCCUAGCAGCUUUAGAUCAGGUAACGGUGUUGGAGCAAGCUGCAGAGGAUAUGAAGAUGGAUAAGGAAAUCACAGAUCAGUUAAAAGCACAGGUGAUGCUUCUGGAGGCCCAGUUAGAGAAGCAGCUGGAGUCCAUCAGCUUCAGCCAGACUUGCGCUGAGGAGGUUGCUCAGCUAAAGGCCUUGUUAAUGAAGACUCAGAGUCAGCUGGAGAUUGCCCAAUUGGAAGCACACAGCCAGGCAGAGGAACUUUCUGUGGUCAGACGGCAGCUGAGCGAGGCGAAGGAGCGUGUCCAGAUCAAGGAGGCCCAUGAGUCCACACAGGUCCAAUCCCAACUGGAACAGACAACAAAUAAGUUGGAAAUGGAGGAAGAGAUGAGACAGCAGCUGACCAUUGACUUUGACCAGGCUCAGAAGUGUGUGAUUGACCUGCAGACACAGAUGGACCAAAUGAAAGCAGAAGAUGACUCAUCUACAGGAGAACUCAAAGAGAGGCUGGAGAAAGAAAAGAAGCUAACCAGGGACCUGGGCCAAGCGGCGAUCAAGCUUCAGCAACUGCUCAAGGCCACCCAAGAGCAGCUUGCCAAAGAGAGGGACACUGUGAAAACCUUGCAAGGACAACUUGUGGGGAAGGAGGAGCCAGAGCACCCAAAGGAAGGAAUGUCUGUUUAAAAAGACAACAAUCAUCCAACACUUGCCAAAAUGCCUUAAAAUAAUGACUCAUUUCGAUUUUCUCUAGUACUGUAGUUUAUGUAGUAGAGGAGGAUCCGUUUAAGGAAUCGAGAGUCCAGCAGCGUUUAAUACUGUAUACAUGUUUUGUUAUUAUGUUGGAAACAAUCAAGAGAGGAGUCUCUGGCUGUGUCAAAGGUUUUUUUGUUUGUUUUUUUGACCUGACUUUUUGUUUCUUUGUUUCAGUGUUAUUGAAAAAACCCAUUGUUUCAGUGUUAUUGAAAAGGGAAAUUGCUUGUGCGUUAAAUGUUCAACUGGUGCAAUCACUUUAUCCUUUUGCCUGUCCUUGAUAAUAAUUUUAAAAGGGUGGUAAUUUCAUGGUACCCAGAUAACAUACAAAAGUAAUGCCUUUACAUAUUUCAUGUAUUCGGGUGCUGACCAAACUGUGACAAUUUGUAACAAAUAAACUAUGUAGGCCUUUA